GCGGGGUGGGAGAGGGCUGCUCUGCCCGCGGAACGGCGAGCGCCCGGCAGGCAGGAAGCCGAUACGGCAGUUCGGGGUGGGGCCGAAGGUCGCUGACCGCUGGUGGGGCGGUGGCUCCGGCGAAGCUUGGAGGCCGCCUCGGGGGUUCCUUCCUCCGAACCUGGAGGCAGCGCACUGGCCUCCCGGCAGUGGAGCCCGAGCGGCCGGCGGCGGGGCAGUGGAAGGUUGUCCCGGCACAGACCAGGCCCUGAAGGAAAACCCGGAGUUCCGGCAGUGGCUUGUCGCUGACUGCCAGGGCCGGCUCGGCUGAGACCUACUAGGCUGCCUGUCAAAGAGCAGGAAGCAUCGAUGUCUGCUGUGGGUCCUGCCGCUGCACACCUGCAUCGCCCUGGUGACAGUCACAGUGACUGCGUGAGUUUCCUGGGGGCCCAAUUGCCCCCAGAGGUGGCAGCAAUGCCCCGGCUCCUGGGGGACUUGGACAGGGCCACAUUCAGAAAAUUGCUGAAGCUGGUGGUCAGCAGCCUGCAGGGAGAAGACUGCCGGGAGGCUGUGCGGCACCUCAGGGCUGGCGCUGACCUGCCUGAGGAGCAGCUGGGUGCCCUGAUAGCUGGCACACACACCUUGCUCCAGCAGGCCUUCCGGCUGCCCCCAGCCAGCCUGAAGCCCGACACCUUCAAGAACCAGCUCCAGGAGCUUUGCAUCCCCCAAGACCUGGUUGUGGACUUGGCCAGUGUGGUGUUUGGUAGCCAGCGGCCUCUCCUUGACUCUGUGGCCAGGCAGCAGGGGGCCCGGCUGCCCCACGUCGCUGACUUUCGGUGGAGGGUGGACGUGGCCAUCUCCACCAGCGCCCUGGCCCGCUCCCUGCAGCCCAGUGUCCUGAUGCACCUGAAGCUCUCGGAUGGGUCUGCCCUCCACUUUGAGGUUCCCACGGCCAAAUUCCAGGAGCUGCGGUUUGCUGUGGCCCUGGUCCUGAAGGAGAUGGCCGAGCUGGAGAAGAGGUGCGAGCGCAAGCUGCAGGACUGAGCCUCCCGCCAGUGCCUUCUGGUCGCUGAGGCGGCUGUCUCAGAUGGGCUUUCCAGAGCGAAGCCUGCCCUUCUGACAAGGCACUCCAGUGAGGGAGUGUAACCAUGUCUUUCUCUAAAUGAAGUAGACAGCUGUGUCUUUUCCUUUUUUUUUGAAAGUAAAGCAACUGUAAAUAAAAAAUAGGUCCUCCUGGGUAGGCAUCAAACCACAUGCGCCCUCUCCACAGUGGUCGGUCGGUCCUGCUGCCAGGUAAGGGCACCCACUGCGCUGGUGGGCCCACAUGUGGUCUGGGGUUCAGGCCAAGGCCCUUGUGAGGACACAGGCUGUUCAGCCUGCCCCGUGCAGCAUUCAAACUGUUGCUCCUUUGCUCUUGGGAACCCUGUGUUUCAGGGUGCACAUUUCAUUCCCCAUCUUAAAUCCCUGACCUUAAAGUGCAUUCUAGUGGAGGGGGUACGGGGAGGAAUGUAUAAUAAAAACAAGCAGUGUAGCCCAGGAGAGGGUGGGUGCUGCAGGAGGUGCAGCAGCCUCCGGAGAUGGGAGGCAGGACGGUGGGAGAGCUGGGCUGCACUUUAAAUUGGGUCUUGGGGCGGGUCUCCUGAGGAUGUGGUUCCAGAGCCAAGAGGAGGCAGGGAUGCUGCACGGAGGGAAAGCCUGUGGGCGUGGGGCUGCGGCCAAGUGGGAGGAAGUGAGUGGACGCACAGGGGCAGGCCCAGGGCCUCUCUGGGAACUCGGCUCAACUCUGAGUGAAAUGCGUGUGAUGGAUAGUCGUGUUAGAGGAUCACACCGGAUACUGUGUUGACUGAAGAGGGCAGGCUGCAGAAUGGGGGUGAGGAGUCUGGAGUUGGUGGUGGCGGCAGAGAGGGGAGUGGGGGCCUCGCCCAGGUGUCUUGUGGCUGGGUGGCUCAGGCAGCUCAGACCGCCAUAGACCAAGUGGCUUGAACAACAGAAAUGACUUGCUUGCAGUUCUGGAGGCUGGGGUUAGCGUGCCAGCACGGUCAGGUCCUGGUGAGGCCUCUCCGCCGACCUUUGGACUUCCCUCUCUGCAUGUGUGUGCAUGUGUGUGUGAGUAUGUGACAGAGUGUAUGAGUGUGUGUGUGAGAGAGAGAGAGAGAGAGCGCUCUUCUCCUGUUAAGAGGGCACCAGUCCCCUCCAACUAAUAAAAAUAAAUGGGGGAAAAAAAAAAAAGAGGGCACCAGUCCUGUGGGAUCAGGGCCCUAUGUUUAUGACUUCAUCCAACCUUAAUCACCUCCCUGGAGGCCACAUAUUUAAAAACUUUUUUUAUUUAUUAUUAUUUUUUUGAGGCCGCAUUUUUAAAUACAGGCUCAGCAGGGGUUUGGGCUUCAGCAAUUGAAGAGUGCUGGGGAGGGGGGUGCACAGGCCUCUCCUGAGUGCCUGUCGGGCAGCAGUGUGCAGAGCUCUUGACCAGCCCUGUCCCCUCGGCAUAACUGCACCCCUGGUAGGGGGCCUGGCAGUGUCCCUGCCUCUCUGGGUCGCUCUACCAGGAAACCAGGUCACAGCUUGGUAGGAUUAAUAGGCCCAAGCAUCAGGCAGGAGCUUCCUCUGAAAAAUAGCAAUUGGGUUUGGGUGCCCACCUGGCAUCCUGCCAUGUCUGUGUUGGAAGCCCCUGACCUUCCCAGCACCCUCUUUCUGUCCCCACUCUGUGCCAGAACCCAUCAAAAGCAGCAGUGUUUACUCUGUGCUGUCUCCAGAAUGCUCCCAUGAUCUUGAUUAAUUAGGCCUUUCCCUGAGUGAGGGUCCCAGCAAGUUGGGCCAAAGGGACAGAGAAGAGGAGGUGCCCUGGGGGCUGCACUCAGAGCUGGGGUUUCCCUAGCCAGGCCCCACAUGGGGCUCAGUCCUAGCUCAGCCGAGGGCUGAGGACUCCCCGUGUCUCCAGCAUCAGCCAGCAGCCUGGGCCCUUCUUCCCUGAGGACAGGAGCUGGGCUGGGCCAUCCUCGCUGCUGCCUAGGCCUGCCCACAAGGACCUGCACAGUAAGCUGAGCACCACAUCUCCCUCAACCAGUGAUGGAGGCUCUCUUUGCUGUGACUUCUUCCUUAACCGUCAGGCAUGUGUCAGAAAUAUGUACUUGUUAUGUAUGAUAUGUUUGGAAAAAUCCUAAAAAAUAAAAACAAACAAAACUAAAAAGAAUCAAAAAGCUCCUUUGCCCAUAGACAGCCAUGGAGAAACCCUCUUGACCAGAUUUGAACUUAGCCUUUAGUGUUGGCGUUUUACUUAGCAUAAUGUUGUUUUAAAAAAAAAAAAAUAGCGACCAUUUUAAAGCCCUAGGGGCUUCCCUGGUGGCUCAGAUGGUAAAGAAUUCGCCUGCAAUGCAGAAGACAGGAGUUCGAUCCCUGAGUUGGGAAGAUCCCCUGCAGAAGGGAAUGGCUACCCAUUACAGUAUUCUUGCCUGGAAGAAUGCCACAGUAGACAGAAGAGCCUGGCAGGCUGCAAUCCUGAGUCCCCAAAAUUCGGACAUCACCUCCGUAACUUCCCAAAGCACGUCCUUGCGCGCCCCCUAUAGGCCAGGCCCUGACGACGCAGCCGAGUGGGGAGAAGGUAUAGAUGGAAGGAACCACCAGGUGCAGGCACUCCGCCAGGCUCGUGUUAACCCGUUAACUCAAAGGCAUCGACAUGGUGACGAAGUGCAGAGAGGUUUGAGUUUUGCCGAAGGACACACGGCUUAUGGGGGAGCUGGUGGUCGGUUCUCCGCCAACCUUCCCUUCCUACCUGUCCCUCCACGACUUCUCUGGGCAUGUGAACCUGGUGGCGAGAGAGGCGCUCCAUGCUGGCUCCCACCCCUUGAGGCUGCUGGCUCCAGAGUGAGGACACGCAUUCAAGAUAGAAGUCCACAGGCUGGGGAGUGUCUGUUUUGCUGGUUAGCAUAGCAAAGUUCACUGGUGCAACCAGGAACAAGGCCUGUAGUCCAAGCCUGGCCCAGGUGCCCCAGCUGUGAGCUCCACUGCCACAGAAGGACCCUGUGGCUACGAUUCCAUUAUUUUAAGGCACGUGCUUGGCAGGAACACACACAGGGUCCCUUCCCGAGGGACCCUGGAGGAGGACAAGAGCUCUCAACUGAAGCCCACCUCAUCCUUUCGGCUGAUCUGGCAGGCAGGGGUGCUUUUCUAACCGAGGCUCGGAGCCCUGCGCAUCAGGACUAUGGUUUGCACACCCUUUUGCCUGCCAGGCUACAGAGACCUCUUUGUCCCUGUGCUCCCGGCCAGGGAAGUCCAGCUGUCUCCCCAGUCAGCCGUGUGGGUGUGUCCGUCCACCUUGCUAGUCCCCUCCCCAGGCCCUGGAGGAUCAGCAGACUCAGUGGGUAUGGGGCCCCUCUGAGGCUCUGUGUCUAUACAUGCUGUCAUCUCCACCCUUGAGGGGUCCAGGCCGCUAACUGGGGGUGCAGAGCUCUGCUUGCUCACCUGCUUCUCUCCCCCAUCCCCAGAAGGCACUGUCUGUGCCUUUUAAGUCACUGGUCAGGAAUGCCUGAACCAGAACAUUGACCUCCAUCCUCGGGAGGCUGGAUGUGGUGGGCCCUGACUACGCCGACCCCUCGCCUUGGUCUCUGAUGAGCUCUUGACAGCUCUAAUGCUGCCAACCCCAGGUUGUCCAUUUGUGAGCCCUCGUGCUUGUCUCAAGGAGGCGCACACGGGCAAACAGUGACACAGGCAUCACUGUACAGAGAGAGAGGUUUUCGUGAGAAGCAGAGGACGGGCAGCUGGCUGUUCCCAGGACUGCUGGCUCCUGGUGCUCAACGGAGCCAGGUAAUGAGGGCCACCAGCCUCGAGACCGUGCACAGCCUCUGGCCUUACUGUGUGCGGGGAGGUGGAUGUGAUCCAGCUGGAGAAGGUCCCUCCAGCUGUGGGGCACAGGCUUGCAGGCCAGCAGAGGUGGUCCUCCUCACCUGCAUUGGGUGUGGUGACCUUUUCUCUAAAUGGUUAGAGAAUAUUUAAGCCUUUCAGGUCAUGAUUGUGUCAGCUCUGCCACUGUAGCUCAAAAUCAGCCAGAGAAAACAAUGUGCAUGAUUGUAUCCCAAUAAAAUGUCCUGUGGACACUGAAAUUUUGAUUUCACGUCACAAAAUUUGUUCCAACCAUUUAAAACCCAUUCUUAGGACUUCCCUGGUUGUCCAGUGUCUAGGACUCCACACUCCCAGUGCAGGGGCCCCGGGUUCAAUUCCUUGUCGGGGAUCUAGAUCCUGCAUGCCACAACUAAAAGGUCCUGUGUGCCCCAAAUGUGACCCAGUACAGCCAAACCCAGAAAAACCACUCUUAGCUCCAGGGCCAUGGAAAACCAGGUGGGGUGAGGGUGGCUCUAAAUGCCCGCCUCCCUGCAUGCCUGCAGGGCUCCCCCAGGCUGCAGAGCGCUGGCCCGCCGCACUUGUGCUCAGUCUCCACUUGGAGGCAGGGCUGGCCCUGCCCCCUUGUCCCCAGAUAAGAACAAGACCUGGCAGACAGCAGAUGUUUGACCUCAUGUAGACCUCUGUGGAAACUCUUGGCGCUGGAGCAUUUUCUGUCAUCUGUGGGCCUGUAAAGCUUCACCUCAAACCCUGGAUGUACCUCAAACACAGCAUUCAUUCAACAAACUUUUCCUGGGCUUUGAGUGCAAGCCACAUCCACCAGGGGACACACGGAUGUGAAAACCCACUGGGCUCUGCACAGACACCCCACUUUAUUAGUGAAGCUUCCAGAAUGCUCAAAGUAUCAUAAAGCUUAUCUGAUAAUUAAGACAAAUUUCAGGUUAAAACUAUGAGUUUAAUUUAUUGUCUCCAAAAGAGAAAUCCAAAGUAUUUUAGAAUCUAUUCUGUAAGUGUUCUGGAGAUUUUCUUUGGCCAUGCUGGGCGUCUUGUGGGAUCUAGGGGAAAGCUGAGUCCUGACCACUGGAGUGCCAAGAAAUU